AUGCGUGGAAUCUCUGGCUUCGGCCUCACGAGCCUGGCCCUCUCCGCUGGGCUCGCGAAUGCCAUCGAUCUGGAUGUAAAUAACCGGGACUCGGUCCUCAAGGCCAGCAAAAUCGUGGUGGACAACAUCCUCUCCGUGUACAAUAACUACACUGAGAGUCCAGGCGGAAUACCCGGGCUGCUCCCUCAGCCAUACUAUUGGUACAAUGCAGGCAAUAUGUUCAACUCACUGAUCAAGUACUGGGCCCUGUCCGGAGACCAGUCCAUUGUUCCUACCCUCCAGUCGGCUCUCGUCUUCCAGCUUGGCCCGGACUUCAACUAUAUGCCUCCAAACCAGAGCAAGUCUCUCGGCAAUGACGAUCAAGCUGCCUGGGCUCUGGCGGCGAUGAGCGCUGCGGAGUACGAUCUCCCGGUUCCGAAUGACUUGUUGUCCAACAACAUCACCUGGGCGAGCAUUGCGGAUACUGUGUUCAAGGAGCAGGUCGCUCGAUGGGACACGGAAAGUUGCGGUGGAGGCUUGAGGUGGCAGAUAUUCACCUUCAACAACGGCUACAACUAUAAGAACUCCAUCUCUCAAGCGAGCUUCGCAUCGCUUGCUGCACGCCUCCACCGCUUCACCGGCAAUUCCACCUUCUAUGGCGAAUGGGCUACACGUGCGGUGGAGUGGACGAGAAGCAUUGGUCUGAUGAAUCAGAACGGCCAGACUUUUGACGGCACGGACGCUACCACGAGCUGCUCUGAGAUCAACCGUCUUCAGUGGACAAACAACGCUGGACUGUUUCUCACUACUGGAGCUUACUCUGCGAACGCGGUAUACUCCGCUACAGGUCGAUACUGGUCCGAACUCAAUCAGCUCGUCACAAACAGUUCACUGAGGAUCUUCGUGUAUGAGGAUAGGAACAUCAUCUAUGAGGUCGCUUGUGAACCAUCCGAUAACUGCAACAUCGAUCAGACGGGGUUCCGGGCUCAAUUUGUUCGCAGUCUCGCCACGUACAGAGAUAUGGCGCCUGCUUCCGACGACAGUGUCUAUCGGCAGAACAUCACAGCGGUCCUGCGCGCAUCCGCCACCGCUGCUGCGGCCGCAUGUGUCUACGGCGAGAACGGUACCUCUUGCGCCAACAGCUGGUACGAUCCCGUCGACGACACGGAGGACUAUUACGGGCAAAUCAAUCAGAACCUCAACGCACUGGAGGUGUUCCUCGCUAAUCUGCCAAGUGGGGACAUCAAGAUGGGCGUUGGCAGUACCAACGGAACAGGAGUUGGAGGUUCUCUCGGGGGAGGCGCCAAUGGGACUGAGCGUGGCGAUGGCAAUGGCAGUGGAACUGGUUCCAACAGCCCGCAGUCUUCUGGAGAUGGGACAGGAGCUGCCUCCACUUUGAUGGUGUCGUCCAUGCUCGCAGUGGUCGGAAUGUUCGUCGAACUGUUUGUUCUUGCAUAG